GAGGGGUUACAGGCUCGAUCCCGUGGAACAUCCUGCAAACACAUCUGAGGCUCGCAGGGAAAACUCCGCACUUUCCCUUCAACUGCACGCCGCCUCCCGGCUCCGUGUCGGGAUGACUAGUUGUCCGGUCACGUGGAGAAGUCCCAGCACUUUUUGCUGAAGCCGAACUGUAGAUGAGAGGCUCUGCAGGUCGUUGGCCCCGCUGGACUUAUGUUUUCAUGUUUGGACGCACGGCGGUGGGAUAUCCGGAAUGGGGAAUCCGUAGUAAGGACCGCACUGGCUGGUUUACUGUUGCGCGCAUCCACACAGCCUACGCCAGAGAUGGACUUUAAGAAGACUAAAUUUGGAAGUGUUGUGCACAGAUGGAGGGAAGGAAGGAUUCACGUACGCCGAUCGUCACAGAACUCCGCCGCAUUCCUUGACAGAGUAAUAGCUUAAACGUUAAUGGUUAAUGGCUACUAGUGUCUUCCUGUGGUGUACAGACCGUGACAUCAUUGGUGACCAUAGCAACGUGGAUAAUUGCCCUCGGAGUGAUGAGGUUCAUGAACUGCAGGGUGCCAGGCACUAAGAGAUACCAGCCCACCGAAUACGAACAUGCUGCAAACUGUGCCACGCACGGGCUGUGGAUCCUCCCCAGUCUGGUGGGCGGGUCUGUGCUCUACUUCCUGUCUGUGGACCAAUGGCAUUGUGUCGCUGCCUGGCUCUAUGGGAGUGGUCUCACCGGCCUGUUCAUCACCUCCACGCUCUUCCACACUGCUGCCUGGAAAAUCAGCCACCUCCGGACAGUGGAGCAGCGUUUCCACAUGUGCGACAGAAUGGCCAUCUACUUCUUCAUCGCAGCCUCCUACUCUCCCUGGUUGAUGCUGAGGGAGCUGGGGCCCUGGGCGUGCCACAUGCGCUGGCUAAUCUGGGUCAUGGCUUGCAUCGGAUCCAUGUAUGUCUUCUUUUUCCAUGAGAGGUACAAGCUGGUAGAGCUGCUGGGUUAUGUCACCAUGGGGGCCGUUCCUGCUUUGGUCAUUCUGUCCAUGGUGGAACGUGCAGGUGUGUGUGAACUGGCCGUGGGAGGUGUUUUCUACGUGGUGGGCAUCGUCUUCUUUAAGAGCGAUGGCCUCGUCCCGUUCGCCCACGCCAUCUGGCAUCUGUUUGUCGCAGUCGGAGCAGGCAUUCAUUAUUAUGCCAUCUGGAGGUACCUGUACUUGCCUGGACCAGUGCUGCAGACGUCGAGAUGACCGGCUGCUGUCAUCUACGUUUCUAUACCAGAUCAAGUGACGGAUAAAAGUCUAUUUUAGUCGCAAAAUCACUGUGUUGACGACAACUAACUUGACUUAGGAGGCUACACCUAGAGGGAUGGUGCUGAUGGUCUGACUGUUAGCGAUCAGAUGAAAUUCCAAACACUUUUACUGUUUAAAUUAAAUAUCUGUCCGAAAUGCCAGUUACUUAACUUCAACUCUGUAGACCAAACUUACUCAAGACCAUGAUUCUAAUUCUGCUGUCCACAGCAUUGUUAUAGACAAUCACUAUUGCCAUGUUAAGUGACCGAGAAAAUCCUUUGGAUGUGAACCUUAAUCAUCUCCAGGCUAAUGUUUGCAUAGUUGACCUACAUUCAGUUAAAAGAAUUGUUUUGUAAAUGAAAAGUAGGUGAGAAUAUUGAUAACAAUCUCACAUCUGUAUGCCAAAUAGAGUACUGAGUAAAUGCUUUAGGCACCUUUGAUGUUCAGUACUUAUCAACUAGGGAUGUCCGAUAUUGGCUUUUUUAUCAAUAACCGAUAUGCCGAUAUUGUCCAACUCUCAAUUUCCGAUUCCGGUAUCAACCGAUACCGACAGAUGUGGGCUGUUUAACUAAUUUUAGGUGACAUCACAUAUCUCCUGUCGUGGAAUUAACACAUCAUGCCUAAUUUUAUUAUGAUGCCCCAUUGGAUGCAUUCUCAAAUGCAACAAGGCUUUCCAAAUGUAAACAUUGUCUGUGCAAAAUAAGAAAACUAUUUCAACUUAAGUUAUGGGAAAAAAUGCCAUAUUUACACCACAUAUAUUUGCCUCAAACAACAGUUCACACCCUCCGUCUCUCCCUCACCCUAUGAAUCCUAUAAAUGCUGGUGAAAUCCAGGCAUUAUUUUAUCAGUUUUCAUGAUAGGCAAAAAAUCCAAUAACAAUAUUGACCGAUAAUAUAUUUUUUAUGCCAAUAUCGGGCUGAUAAUACCGGUGGGCCGAUAUUAUUGGACAUCCCUAUAAUCAGCCAUGCAGUAUCAUCACACAGGAAUCCGAGUGGCCAUAGAUUUAUUUUCCAGUGUGACCAUGAUCCUAGAUAAACAGUCAAGGUCCGAGCAAACUAUACUCCUCCACAAGGACAAAAGUCCUGCAACAGGUGGGAAAACCUCCACAGAGACCUUAACAAUAUAGAAUCAGUCUAGGAUCAAAUGACGAGACAGAAGACAUUGAGACAACCUAAUCCACAGAAGAACUGAGAUGUUGUAUGCAACCUGCCAUGAAACUGCGGGCAAGUGAAUUGAGGAGACCUGAAACUGUUUUAAUUGCAAAUGUUGAUCACUUUUAGUGCCUAUUGAUUAUCAUUAACUACACAAAGGAGACACCAGUAUAUCACUGCCUCUAUGCUAAACUAGUAAAGCAGCUGCUUCACAUUUAAAGUAGACGUAAAAGUGGCUUAAACUAUUUCUUCAAGCUUCUUCUCUGUAACUUAACUGACAAAUAUCCGAUUCCUUUUAGAAAUCCAACCACAAGCGACGCACCAAAACUGAACACAAAAGCUUUUCUGUUGGUGCUAACAACUCCAGUCAUGUAGUAAAGCUGACAGUUAGGCCGAUGAUAUUUUACUUUUGUUCAUUUUGACGCUCUUGCAAAAUAUAUAAGUUAAAUUAGCCUCAAGCUAAAAGUUUAUUCUGGAACAGUUCUUUUGCCAGUAUGUUAAAUUGUCAGUUUGCAAAUCCACUGCCACACACUCUAAUGUACACUGAGACACAGCAAAGCAAUAUGCAGACAGACUUUAAGAUAAACCUUACCGAUCCUUCACUGGGGAAAUGUAUGUGUUAAAUAAUAUUAUAUCCAUGUAACAUGAAUCAACAGUUGAUUACGGUAAAGGUCAAAUACCAAGUUGGUCGAAAUGGUUUGGUUGUGAAUGUUAAGAUUUUAUGUUUAAAUCUGCCUCAAAAUCAGUUAUCAUGAUUUUCUGUAGGUGGACCUGAGAGAUAAAAUGAUCAAAGACCAUGAUGAGUGGGUCAAACGUUACAAUCACACAAAAUGUCAACGUUUAGUGCUUUUAGUAUUUCCUUCAGAGGGCUCUAACUGCCGUUGUUUUGUCAAAGUGGUGCACUCUUAUUCAUGCACUUUUCCUAUCAACAUCUAGAAUUUACUAGUGUCCUCGAGUAUGACGUCAUUUGAUGGUUGUUAUAAAGUGAGAUUAUAUAUGCAAACUUCCAUUUUUAUUUUUAUAAUUUUCUAUGUUUCCACAAGCACUGUAUUGAUGACAGUUUGAGGACGUUCCUAAUCGCUGGUAGAUCGACUGUUCUUAUUUUUAGAAAACACUGACUCAGGUAGUGAGCAUUUUUUUAAAAAUUUUUCUAAAUCAGAUGAUCUAUUUUGUACAAAAAAUGAUAUAUCUGUGAAAUCACUGUAUUAAAGAGACACUAUAUUGCCUGUAAA